AUGGAUAUGGACUCAAGCAUGUCGGGGGGUCCCGACCUUACAGAUGCGGGACUGGACAUGUCCAAUUACACUGUGGCCAAUGAUUUCCUAGCGGCCCUGUUGGAUGACAGUACCCUCCAGCAAACCGAUUAUGCCAUUGCCCGCGCCUUCUGGUAUGGCAUUGUCAUUGUAAUUGUGUUCGUGGGCGCAGCCCACUGGACUCAAUGGGCUAUCCUUAAAUUACGAUUGCGUGCCGCAGCAGCAAACCGUGCGCGACCUGCUAGUCCUUCAAACCCAGUCACAUCUAUGCUGGCUGGGUGUACAGCAGUCUUCCGAGAAGUCUCAUACCACCAAAUCACUUUCACAAACUCUUGGCUUCGGAUCCCGACUAUUGGAUCCAUUGUACUUAUUUUGGGCUACUUUGGGUAUAUUAUGGGCUUGCAAUUCUUUGACGGCAACUAUCCCGGGGCACAGCACUGGGCAGCAACAAGUAUCCGGGCAGGUUGGCUCACCAUUGCUCAAUUCCCUCUAGUUCUCCUUCUUGCUGGAAAGCGGAACUUGAUCGGAUAUGCCGUCGGUGUGUCGUAUGAGCGCUUGCAGAUUUUGCAUCGGUGGGUGGCUAGAGUCAUGCUAUUGACUGCCACGAUCCACGGUGCUGUUCAAACAUAUGGCUGGCAUAAGUAUGGUGUCAUGAAGCUUGAAUUUGACACGGAUAGUUGCAUUCCAACAGGCUUUGCCACUUGGAUUAUUCUCGUAUGGUUGGUUCUGUCAGCCAGCGCGCCAGUUCGCAACUGGCGUUAUGAGAUCUUUGUGGCCCAACAUAUCAUAACGUUUAUUGGGUUGGUCGUCGCUAUAUUCUAUCACUUGCCAUCCACUGCCCUGAGCUCAAGAAUUUACGCCUGGAUCGGUGUCGGCAUCUUCAUCCUCGACCGCUUGAUUCGCACUAUCAUAUAUACAUAUGUCAACGCCAAGCCCUCAAAAGCUACCAUUACUGAACUUCCUGGUGACGUGACAAAGAUCCGCAUUUCAUCCCCAAGAAUCAAGAAGUGGAGCCCGGGACAACACGUCUUCUUGUCUAUUCCCAAGCUCGGACUUGGACAGUCACACCCAGCGACCAUUCUAUCCACCCCCUCCUCCCAUAACAACGAUCUCGUCUUCAUUCUACGAGCCCACCGCGGCUUUACUCGACGACUUCUUCAAUCAGCACAAUCCUCCUCGGCUAAUCUACUGGAAAAGAGCGAGGACCAACGAACAGUCAGGCUUGAAGGGAAACACCUUUCUCUCAUCGGUGGUCCGUAUGGAGGUUCGCAUUCUGAUUUUGCGGCCUUUGACACUGUCUUCCUUAUUGCCGGAUCAACCGGCAUAACUUUCACCCUCUCUAUUCUUCUUGAUAUUGCACAGAGAGUCAAGACCCAAAAGCUGCCUGUCCGCCGUGUGGUAUUUGCCUGGGUGAUCAGAACAGUCUCAUGCACAGAAUGGAUCGCCGAUGAGUUACAGCAAGCAAUCGAGUCACUUUUCAACGCCGGUAUCGAAACCGAGGUGCGUUACUUUGUCACUUGUGAUGCUGAGCCAUCCGAACCGUCUGAGAAAAAGGUUGGAUGCCCUUGCAAGAACACCGAAGGCCCAUGCUGUUGCAGUGGCCUCGGUUCUUCGAGCCUUGAUGUGAUUCCCGAUGAAAUCGUUGCAUCGAAGGAUACAAAGGAUAUCAUCUCAUCGUCUGUUUCCAAAGAGAAGGGGACUCCCGCUUCCAUCCCGGCCUCUAAGUUCACAUCUGGACGGCCAAAACUCAAGCCUCUUCUCUGGGACUUGCUGGAUCACGCUAGGGGCGAGACUGGUGUUGCGGUCUGUGGGCCCCUGGGACUGGUCAGCAACGUCAGGAACACCGUGGCCACUGUCAGCGAGGAACGGGGCUCAAAUAAGGGCACCGGUGCCGAGGGAGUUUAUUUGCAUGCUGAGAGCUUUGCAUGGUGA